AUCCCCGGAUGAUGGCGGUAGCAGCUCCCUGCUAGAAGGCAGCUUACUGCCUCGCAGAAGCUGGCGGGCACCGUGCCCGCCACGGUCGGUCUCCCGGGCACUGGGCCACCGCCCCACCCCCUACCCCCGGACAUGGAGCCAGAGCCAGCGACUCAGAAGCAGCCCCGACCGCGGAGGAGAAGCCGCAGGGCCUCAGUGCUCAGCGAGGACCGAGCCGCAGGGCCUCCGGCCGACACCCCCGGGCCGGCGGCGGACGGGAGAUGCUCCCUUCGGAGAGGCAGCUCCUUCACAUUUUUAACACCCGGUCCUUCGUGGGACUUUACUUUGAAAAGAAAGCGAAGAGAGAAAGAGGAUGAUGUUGUAAGCCUUAGCAGCCUCGAUCUGAAGGAGCCAAGCAAUAAAAGAGUUCGGCCUCUCGCUCGGGUCACAUCCUUGGCAAACUUAAUCUCUCCCGUCAGAAAUGGAGCAGUCAGGCGCUUUGGUCAAACCAUACAGUCAUUUACCCUUCGUGGUGACCACAGAUCUCCAGCUUCUGCCCAGAAGUCAUUCAGCAGGUCUACAGUCCCAACACCCACAAAGAGAAGAAGUAGUGUGCUAUGGUCGGAGAUGCUAGACAUCAGUAUGAAGGAGUCCUUGACCACUCGAGAGAUCAAACGUCAGGAGGCAAUAUAUGAAUUGUCCCGAGGCGAACAGGACUUAAUCGAGGAUCUCAAGCUUGCUAGAAAGGCCUACCAUGACCCCAUGUUAAAGUUGUCCAUCAUGUCAGAAGAGGAACUCACACACAUAUUUGGCGAUUUGGAUGCUUACAUACCUCUGCAUGAAGAUUUGUUGGCAAGAAUAGGAGAAGCAACCAAGCCUGACGGGACAGUGGAACAGAUCGGUCACAUUCUCGUGAACUGGUUACCAGGCCUGAAUGCCUACAAAGGCUACUGUAGUAACCAGCUGGCGGCCAAGGCUCUUCUGGAUCAGAAGAAACAAGACCCAAGAGUCCAAGACUUCCUCCAGCGCUGUCUGGAGUCUCCCUUCAGUCGGAAACUAGAUCUUUGGAGUUUCCUAGAUAUCCCUCGAAGUCGCCUUGUCAAAUACCCUUUACUGUUAAAAGAAAUCCUUAGACACACUCCAAAAGACCAUCCUGAUGUUCAGCUUCUGGAGGAAGCAGUAUUGAUAAUACAAGGGGUUCUUUCUGAUAUCAACUUGAAGAAAGGUGAAUCCGAGUGUCAGUAUUACAUCGACAAGCUGGAGUACCUGGAUGAGAAGCAGAAGGACCCCAGGAUUGAAGCUAGCAAAGUGCUGCUGUGCCAUGGGGAGCUGAAGAAUAAAAGUGGCCAUAAACUGUACAUUUUCCUGUUUCAAGACAUUUUGGUUUUGACUCGGCCUGUCACACGAAAUGAGCGUCACUCCUACCAGGUUUACCGGCAGCCAAUCCCAGUGCAGGAGCUGGUGCUGGAAGACCUGCAGGAUGGGGAUGUGCGCAUGGGUGGUUCCUUCCGAGGGGCCUUUGGCAACUCAGACAAAGCUAAAAACAUCUUUCGAGUCCGCUUCCGGGACCCCUCUCCAGGCCAGUCCCACACACUACAAGCCAACGACGUGUUCCAUAAGCAGCAAUGGGUCAACUGCAUCCGGACCGCCAUCACCCCUUUCCAGCGGGCUGCCAGCCCCCUGGAGCUGCAGGGCCUGCCGGAGCUCCACGAGGAGUGUGAGGAGAACAACCCAUCAGUUGGGAAUCUCCAAGCCCAGCGAAGGUCAUCCAUGGUGCCCGGGUUUACUCAGGUAGAUGAUGAAAGCGUGCUGGAAUGUGGCUCCAGUGUCCAGACGGCCGAAGACACCAAGAGCGUGAAGGCACCUCGAGGCCAGCCUGGCUUACGAAGAGCAAGGGACAGAGCCCAGUCAGGCGGUGGCAGAAAAGAGACUCUGGUGUAAAUGUGUGCUCUCUGGUGGGAGGCUGUUUAUUUAUAAAUUUGUACAGUUUUCGUCUUAUAAUGGGAGCAUCCUAGGGUACUCUGUGCCAGCUCUGAUGUGUUCUUGGUUUGGGUUUCU